UGUGUGUGUGUGUGUGUGUGUUUGUGUGUGUGUGUGUGUGUUUUUGUUCUUUUUCCUCCCCUUCUCUUUUUCUUUUUUUUCCACGCCGUGCUCUGCUGGGGGACUCGUGAAUGGCAGCCAAUGGGAGGGUUGAGUCCCCUCAGCCUUUCAGCCUCCCUGACAUCCACAGCGAGAAGUGAUGCAGCGCGACUGAGACGCGCAGUUGAGGUGGACCAACGGGCAACAAAAACUGCAGUGAACGGAUACACACUCUUGGGCUCCGACGCGCGCCUCCACAACCCCGGGAAGGAAAAAAUGAAAAAUCUCCUCCUAGAAUAAACUUCAUUAUCAGGUGCCGUUUUUCCGCCCCAUGUGAGUCCGGGGAGCCUUUCCUGCUUCAGUAGAUUACAGCAUGUGGACUGAUCCGAUACUCUGACCAAAAACCACCGGGACGCGGACCACUGAGUGGGGGAGAAGACGGAAGGCUGUGGUGGUGUGGCCAUGGAUAGAAGGAAAGUCUGCGUAUUGAUGGUGCUGUGGGCCGUGGCCAGCCUCAGCUCUCAGGGGCACGGGCUCAGGGCCCUGCGGAGGACUACAGGGGGGCGGAGGGGGUCCGCGGGGCUGACGGGACAAGACGCCAACGGAGUGCCGCUCCGGCGCUCCAAGCGAGGUUGGAUGUGGAACCAGUUCUUUCUGCUGGAGGAGUACAUGGGGUCAGACAACCAGUAUGUCGGGAAGCUUCACUCUGAUUCGGAUCGAGGAGACGGAAGCGUGAGGUACGUCCUCACAGGGGAGGGAGCGGGGUCCCUCUUCAAGAUAGACGAGAAUUCGGGGGACAUCCACGCCACCAAGAGGCUGGACCGCGAGGAGAAGGCCUACUACAUCCUCCACGCCAAAGCCGUCAACCGCAUCACCAACGAGGCGCUCGAGGGUCAGUCCGAGUUCGUCAUCAAGAUCCACGACAUCAACGACAACGAGCCCCGGUUCACCAGGGACCCGUACAUGGCCAGGGUCCCCGAAAUGUCCGACAUCGGCACCUCUGUAAUUCAAGUGACAGCCACAGACGCAGACGACGCCACGUACGGUAACAGCGCCAGGGUGGUGUACAGCAUCCUGGAGGGGCAGCCGUACUUCUCUGUGGACCCAGAAACCGGCCUGAUCAAGACGGCCCUGCCCGGCAUGGACAGAGAAGUCAAGGAGAACUACCAGGUUGUGAUCCAGGCUAAAGACAUGGCCGGACAGAUGGGCGGGCUCUCCGGCACCACCACGGUCAGCAUCACCCUCUCCGACGUCAACGACAACCCGCCCCGCUUCACCAAGACCCUCUACGAGUUCAGAGUGCCCGAGUCCAUCGAGCUCGGGUCUGCCGUGGGAGUGAUCCGGGCCAUGGACGCCGACAUCGGCGAGAACUCGGAGAUGGACUACAGGAUCAUCGGGAGCGACGGCCCCGGCAUGUUUGAUGUCACCACCAACAGGAGCACGCAGGAGGGCGUCAUCCUGCUGAGGAAGCCUCUGGACUUUGAGAGGAAGCGUCAGUACAGCCUCCGUAUUCAGGUGGAGAAUUCCCACUUCAACCCCCGCUUCUCCUCCGUGGGCCCCUUCAGGGACGAGGCCACCAUCAAGAUCAUUGUGGAGGACGUGGACGAGCCGCCGGUGUUCGAGCACGCCAGCUACGUCAUGGAGAUCAAAGAGGACGCAGCCAGGAACACCGCCAUCGGCUCCGUCAGCGCGUCCGACCCGGACGACAAGAACAGCCUUGUCAGGUACUCUAUUGAUCGGCGCACGGACAUGGACAGAAUGUUCAACGUCCAUGCAGGCAACGGGUCAGUGUUCAUCCUCAGGGAGCUGGACAGAGAAGAGAACGCCUGGCACAACAUCUCCGUCAUCUCCACAGAGUUCAACAACCCGCGCCAGCUCAGCCGCGUUCCCGUCUACGUCAGGGUGCUGGACGUCAACGACAACGCUCCAACGUUUGCCACCAGUUACGAGACGUUUGUGUGCGAGAAUGCUAAGGCUAAUCAGAGGAUACAAACCGUGAGCGCCACAGAUCCCGACACUCCGCUCGGAGGACAGCGAUUCUUCUUCAGUCUCGCGCAGGAGGCUGCUGGGAAGGCCAACUUCUCCGUCCGUGACAACAAAGACAACACGGCCUGGAUCCUAACACGGAGGAACAGCUACAACAGCCUGCAGAAGAGCAUCUACCACGUGCCGGUGGUCAUUUCCGACGGAGAGUACCCGAUGCAAAGCAGCACCAACACGCUGACCAUCAGAGUGUGCACCUGCGACCGCGAGGGCAACAUGAAGCUGUGCAAUGCCGAGGCACUCACAGCGAGGGCGGGACUCAGCACGGGGGCCCUGGUGGCCAUUUUGCUUUGUGUCAUCAUUCUGCUCAUGAUCGUGGUGCUGUUUGCUGCCCUGCGGAGACAGAGGAAGAAGGAGCCUCUGAUCAUCUCCAAAGAGGAUGUCAGAGACAACGUCGUCAGCUACAACGAUGAAGGGGGUGGAGAGGAGGACACUCAGGCUUUUGAUAUCGGCACGCUGCGCAACCCAGAGGCCAUUGAGGAGAGCAAGCAACGGAGGGACAUCGUCCCUGAAACCUUCUACCCUGCGGUUCGACGGCCCGUGCUGCCCCCGAUCCGGGACAAUAACGGGGACGUGAGAGACUUCAUCAACCAGAGGCUCCAGGACAACGACAACGACCCAACGGCGCCGCCUUACGACUCCCUGGCCACCUACGCCUACGAGGGAAACGGCUCCGUGGCGGAGUCCCUUAGCUCACUCGAGUCAGUGACCACCGAUGGCGACCAGGACUACAACUACCUAAGCGAGUGGGGACCCCGAUUUAAGAAACUGGCGGACAUGUACGGGGGCGACGACAGCGACAGGGAUUCCUAACGAGAGCCUGGCACACAGACGAGGAGAGGAAAAGUGAAAUGAAACUCCUUAAAAACCUUUCGGGCAAUUGUGGUGCACGUGUGGCGAGAAAAAUGGCGAGAGGACCGAAAAACAAGCACCGCUUGUCCACGUGCUCUUUCACCGCCACCGCUCACUAUUCAGUUGUCCCUCCGGUGACCAGACGUAGGCUUUGUGUGUCCAAUCAGUGUUAGUUGCGUUUUUGCCAGGGUGCAGUGAAAAGAGACUUUGUGUCAAGACUGUUUUUGUGUAUAUGGGGUGUACAUGAGGCCCAAAUAUAUCUAUACUGGUACUUUCUUUUUUCAUUAGUUUUUUCCAAAGCUGCGUGUGGUGGACACGUUCAACAAGCAGCUUUGUGAACCAACAGAUAUGCCUAUGUAUUCUUCAGUGUUUCUGGGACAACAUGCUGCAUAUUGUGAGUUCUAUCUUUGCUUGUGUACGUACGGUAAUAUGAUACAAUACGCUGUACAGUGGUUUUGUUUUUCUAGGGAUUUCUAAUGUCCAAACGAUCCCCUCUUUCAGCACGACUCGAGCCACAAGUGCCACAAAAUGUUGGCAUCGAUGAAAAAGAUUGGAUGGAAUCAAAUUUGUGUUAGAUGUGGUUUUAAAAUAUGGAAUUGAUGGCCGCAACAAACAUUCACAAACACACCAGUUAGUCAUGUUUUAUAGGAUCUGAUUCUCAUCUCCGUCCUGCUUCGAGCGUUCGCUGUGAGGUGAGCCAAAUACCAAAUACUUCCUUCUUCAGCCGAAUGUCUUCAGAAUCAUUUCUUCUCUUUGCAGCCAACUCUCUGGCUGAAAAAUGAAGUACAGGAAAAAAGUGAUUUUCUAAAAUACAUUGAUAAAGAUGCACCAGGCUCAGUUAAGAGGAAAAUACUGGUCUUGUUGGACUUUUCUCAGUAAAUGAUUCUCUCUGUACAGCAUGCUGUAAGUCAAAGUCCCAUUAACUCCCAGUGAGCUUGAAACUACGGCAUAAAAUUGGAGAUGAAAGAGCUCGUGGACAGUUACCAUUAAAAUUCAUCGUGCUAUUUGAUUUUCUUCUGUUCAGGUGAUGAAGAGAAACAUGAAAAGUAGCAUCUGAAUCAAUGUCCCGAGCAGGAACAAUGAUUAUGAUUGGGAAUUAUACACGUUUAAACUUUUACUCUGUCCAUAUGUUCAGCUGUUAUACUUCAGAGUCUAUGGUGUCAAUCAAAUAAGUUGCCUUAAAUCCUAAAGACAAAUCUACAGCAAGAGAAAAGGCCAGAUGUCUAAGAUUUGUGUUGUUUGGGGGUCAGAUUCUUCUAAAUAACCAUUUCAAUGUACCACAUUACCCACAGCAUCCAGAAAAGAAAAGUAUGAUAAGUUUUUCUUACAUGUGUCCUGAGAGGGGCUCUGCCCUGAAUGUAUAAUAAUGUAACAUAGCAGUUGGUGGAAAUGUGCCAAAACACCACCAGUAUUUUCCUUUAAACGAUCUGUGAACGCUGCUCCGUGCCCUCCAGUACCGGUGCUGCUGUAUGUAGUGUUGAACAUGAAGCCGGUGUUCACCGGACUGAUUUCCUGGGGGACGAACAGCCUUUUUCCAUAAAGGGGCUUAUCAAGGGCCACCUGACCUUUGAGUGGUGUCCAAUGAGGCUCUUACACCCAGAGGGGCGUCCUCGGCUCCGAGAGAAGGUCAACACAUUGUCCUGCAGCCAGAACACACGACGCUUCAUUUAAAAGAAAAGUAAAAACACAAGACAAUAUUAUCAAAUUACUUCAACUAUGAAAACACAGUGUGAGAAUAAAGUGGGCUGGUUGAUAAGGCCGAUUAGAAGAGCUUAAACAAGCUCUGCCCUCACUUAAGGAAAGGCCGACCUGUGAAGAGACUGACAUUUGAAAGAGUAAUAAACGCCACAGUGGCACAGGUUCUCUCUGUACAUUGAAUCGGGCUCGACAUCGACGCGGCACACUAAACAAUCCCAAUUGAUAACACGGCGGCUGGAUAAUCCUUCUGCUCGGCUACGGUGGCUUUGUUUAUUAGCUCGCUCCUGGAGCAACCUCCCAUUGUAAGUGGCCAUUUCAGCCUGUUGCUGUGAUAAGCGUUUAAUGGGUUUAGAAACCCUUCACUCCCAAAAAAACUGCUUUCUCUGCCUCGAGGUACGACGUGAGCUCUCGAAUGGAAAUCGACGUGACAGCAGUACUCACCGAGAGCAUUUCCUCCUCCAGUCUCCAGUCGUCACUAUUUCUCUGUCUUCAUACGAGGUGUCAGCAUAUCGCCAUCACGGAGACGUGCUUAUGUUGUCCUGUGGAGAGUGCAUUUGCCUCCGAGCUCAGCUCAGAGAACAGAAGACGGUGCACAUCGUAACGUACACUUCGGUUCAGUUUUUCUUCUUCUUAUUGAGGCGACUGGACGGCGGCGCCGACGUCCUCUUCCUCCAGAUACAGUAGCUCUGUGGUUGUUGAUGUGUAGACGCGGUCGGCCUCGGGGCUCGCCUCUACUACGGUACAUGAUGUUGGUGACGAUGUGGUUGAGCAGUGGCGUUUUGUCAACGUAGAAACAGUUUGAGAGGUUGUGGUAGUGUAAGGGGCCAUCCAUCAAGCUGCUUUGUAAAACGUGAUAUUUUGUACUGAAUAUUUAUAUGACACAAUUAAAUAUCUUUAAAAAUCAA